AUGUCCACCUACCGUGGUACAAGCUACUGUAAUACGAAUUAUGGAACGAACAUACUGGCAGCAUGUUUAGCACUGGUAAAGCGGCGACAUCGACGGGCGCGGCUGCCAAGCGGUGUACGUCAAUUAACUGAAGUUCGAAUAGAGGAUGAGUCGAGUAACGCUUAUCCCAAGGAAGUGUUGGAUCCAGAGCGAUUCAUCAGACGAUUGUAUGCCCCAGUAGGCAUCCCCGUUACCUCCAAUGAGGGCAUUCGUCGCACUUAUCAGUACACCAAGAGGUCUACGAUCUUUGAACUAGUGCCGAUUGCGUCGUUAGAUGGGAUUAUUCACAUUCAGGACGAACCUAGUCAUAGAGAUCAGAACAGCUAA